CGUACGGAGCGGAGCCGCUAGACAGCCGCUAGAGAGACGCGCACACGCAGGCUGAGUUCUCUCCGUUUCCGCCUGCAGCUAGCUGAAGCCCGCAGAGAAACGCGGCUGCGGGAAGAUGGCGACGGAUAAACAGAAACACGAAGGAAGAGUUAAAAUUGGACAUUACAUUCUCGGGGACACGCUCGGAGUAGGGACGUUCGGAAAGGUUAAAGUGGGCCAGCAUGAACUCACCAAGCACCAAGUGGCAGUGAAGAUCUUGAACCGGCAGAAGAUCCGCAGCUUGGACGUGGUGGGAAAAAUUCGCCGGGAGAUCCAGAACCUGAAGCUUUUCAGGCACCCUCACAUAAUUAAACUAUAUCAAGUUAUUAGCACCCCCACAGAUAUCUUCAUGGUCAUGGAGUAUGUGUCUGGUGGGGAGCUCUUCGAUUACAUCUGCAAAAACGGAAAGCUGGAAGAAAAGGAGAGUCGUCGGCUGUUCCAGCAGAUUAUUUCAGCAGUGGACUACUGCCACAGACACAUGGUGGUACACCGAGACCUCAAGCCUGAGAACGUGCUGCUCGAUGCACACAUGAACGCCAAGAUCGCAGAUUUUGGUCUGUCAAACAUGAUGUCGGAUGGAGAGUUUCUGAGAACAAGUUGUGGUUCUCCAAACUAUGCUGCUCCUGAGGUCAUUUCAGGAAGAUUAUAUGCUGGUCCAGAGGUGGAUAUAUGGAGUAGUGGCGUCAUUCUCUACGCUUUGUUGUGUGGGACGCUCCCCUUUGAUGAUGAUCACGUGCCAACGCUUUUUAAAAAGAUCUGUGACGGCAUCUUUUUCACGCCACAGUAUCUGAACCCACAAGUAGUAAGCCUCCUUAAACACAUGCUGCAAGUGGAUCCAAUGAAGAGAUCCACCAUUAAAGAGAUCCGAGAGGAUGAGUGGUUCAAACAAGAUCUACCCAAGUAUUUGUUUCCCGAGGACCCCUCCUACAGCAACAACAUGAUCGAUGAUGAGGCCUUGAAGGAGGUUUGUGAGAAAUUUGAAUGCACAGAGGAGGAGGUCCUCGCCUGCCUAUACAGUCGCAACCACCAGGACCCAUUAGCUGUCGCCUACCAUCUCAUUAUCGACAAUCGCCGCAUCAUGAGCGAAGCAAAAGACUUCUACCUGGCGUCAAGCCCUCCAGACUCCUUUCUAGACGACCAGCACCUGACUUCAUCUGCUGCAGCUGUUGCCGGCAUCAUCAAGCCGCACCCUGAGCGUGUGCCCUUUCUCUUGGCGGAAACCCCUCCCAGACCUCGCCACACGCUAGAUGAACUGAACCCCCAGAAGUCCAAACACCAGGGUGUUAGAAGAGCCAAGUGGCACCUGGGGAUCCGCAGUCAGAGCAGACCCAACGAUAUCAUGACAGAAGUGUGCCGAGCCAUGAAACAGCUGGACUAUGAGUGGAAGGGCCACCAUGAAAUGACGGAGACUAAAUCUGGAACCGCGACCCCUCACCGCUCCGGGUCUGUGAGCAACUACCGCACCUCUGUAAAGAACGAUGUAGACGUGGCAGAUGUUUUAGCCACAUCUAGCUCUGUGCAGCCCACCAAGACAGCCGAAGGUUCCUUAGGGUCAUCCUUGACCUCGUCCAUCGAUUCAACGGGAGGCUGGGACAUCACGUCGUCCCCUCGACCAGGAAGUCACACCAUCGAGUUCUUUGAAAUGUGCGCAAACCUAAUUAAACUACUUGCACGAUAGCUUGCAAAACAAUCAUUGCCAGCCUUUUCUUCUCUGAGUGUCUUUAUAGCA